CACCUGCUGCUGAGACAAUGUCUAGCAAUGGGACAGAUGCCCCGACUGAAGCCCAGGCUGCUGUGGAAGAACCUGUCCCACAGCCCAGUGUGGUGGACCGUGUGGCCAGCCUGCCUCUCAUCAGCUCCACAUGUGAGAUGGUGAGCGCAGCAUACACCUCCACCAAGGACCGCUACCCCCACGUGAGGACCGUGUGCGAUGUGGCUGAGAAAGGUGUCAAGACCCUCACUGCGGCUGCGGUCAGUGGGACACAGCCCAUCUUGUCCAAGCUGGAGCCCCAGAUUGCUUCGGCCAGGGAGUAUGCGCACCGAGGGCUGGACAGAUUGCAGGAAAGCCUGCCCAUCCUCCAACAGCCGACUGAGAAGGUUCUAGCAGACACUAAGGAACUGGUGUCAUCUACAGUAUCUGGAGCCAGAGAAAUGGUAUCCAGCUCAGUGACUAGUGCAAAGGACACAGUGGCCACCCGGGUGACUGGAGCAGUGGAUGUGACCCGGGGGGCCGUGCAGAGCAGUGUGGACAUGACCAAGUCAGCAGUGACCAGCGGCGUCCAGUCGGUCAUGGGCUCCCGAGUGGGACAGAUGAUGAUUAGCGGAGUAGACUCAAUGCUGGUAAAAUCAGAGGCCUGGGCAGACAACCGCCUGCCCCUGACAGAUGCAGAGCUGGCCCUGAUCGCCACGUCCCCAGAAGGCUCGGACAUGGCCUCGCUGCAGCAGCAGAGACAGGAGCAGAACUACUUCGUCAGGCUGGGCUCGCUGUCUGAACGGCUGCGCAACCACGCCUAUGAGCACUCACUGGGCAAGCUGCGCAAUGCCAGACAGAGUGCCCAUGAGGCGCUGCAGCAGCUCACGCAUGCGCUCAGCCUGAUGGAAUCUGUGAAACAGGGCGUGGACCAGAGGCUGGGGGAGGGGCAGGAGAAGCUGCACCAGAUGUGGCUCAGCUGGAACCAGAAGAAACCCCAAGAUGCAGAAAAGGACCCAGCUAAUCCAGAGCAGGUGGAGGACCGGGCACUUGGCAUGUUCAAGGACAUCACACAGCAGCUACAAAGCACGUGUGUGGCCCUGGGGGCAAGCAUCCAGGGCCUGCCUAGCCACAUCAUGGAGCAGGCCCAGCAGGCCCGCAGGCAGGUCGAUGACCUUCAGGCCACCUUCUCUGGCAUCCAUUCCUUCCAGGACCUCACAGCAGGUGUUCUUGCCCAGACUCGAGAGCGCAUAGCUAGAGCCCGGGAGGCCCUUGACCACACUGUGGAGUACGUGGCCCAGAACACGCCCGUCACGUGGUUGGUGGGCCCAUUUGCUCCUGGAAUCACUGAGAAAGCCCCAGAAGAGAAGUAGGGAGAGGGGUCAGGGCCAGCAUCUGGCUCCAGUCAGUUUUUCCUAACAGUCCUGUUGCACACCAGAUCCUUCCUACCCUGAGUCUGAAAAGUGUUUAACCUAUCCCCAUCAGUCUCUUAAAGCACAAAUAAAUAAAUAAAUAAAUAAAUAAAUAAAUAAAAUAAAAAAUAAAAAUUUCUAGAAUGUUCCUGGAAAAAAAUUCUUCUAGAAUGUUCUAGAAAAAUUUUCCCUUUAAAAAAAAAAUCAUCAGGGUAACUAGAAAUGAUGGCACAUGCCUGUCAUCCUAUGUCAGCACUAUGAAGCAGGAAGAUCAAGAAUUCAAAGCCAGAUGCUACAUAGCAAAUUCAGUGAUAGUCUAAGCUAGGUAAGACAGUGUCUUGACAUACAUCAGGCCAUGGUGAUAGUCCAUUCUGGUGCCUUUAUUAUGCCAUGGCCUACAAUAGCAAGCGCUUUCCCAACAGACCCUGAUACCUGGUCCAAGAAUUCGGCCUCCAUGACAGGGUGGACAGCAGGGACGUGAAAUUUGUUGCAGAUGAGAAAGUUGCUGAAGGCUGAGUGUCCAGUGUUCCUCAAACCCUGGGGUUCAGUAUUGCUUU